GUCGCCAUUUUAAAAGUGGCGUCAACUGGCGGAGAAAGAGCGACGGACGCCGCUCAGAAAUAAAGCUAUAAAAAAACAGUAUCUUACAGGAAAUACAUGGACGAUAAUGUUAGCUAAAUGAAUUAAUGGAAUGCCUGCUAGUCAAUGGUUAUGGUAGAGACAAAGUUGGUGUAGUUUCCCCCCGCUCGCUCAGCUCAAAGAUGGACGACAGCAACGCGGCGAGGGUAGAUGCCUGCCGAGAGUAUCAGUCCUCGCUGGAAGACCUGACUUUCAACAGCAAGCCGCACAUCAACAUGCUGACCAUUCUGGCCGAGGAGAACGUCAACUUCGCCAAGGAUAUCGUCGCAAUAAUUGAAGCUCAAAUAAGCAAGGCCUCAUCUGCCGAGAAGCUUCCAGUUUUGUACUUAGUGGAUUCCAUAGUGAAGAAUGUUGGAGGAGAGUACCUUGCAGUGUUUGCUAAAAACCUAAUCCCGUCAUUUAUAUGUGUCUUUGAAAAGGUGGAUGAGAACACUAGAAAGAGUUUGUUCAAGUUGCGAUCAACAUGGGAUGAAGUUUUUCCACUGAAAAAACUAUAUGCGUUGGAUGUACGGGUCAACUCUGUAGACCCGGCGUGGCCAAUCAAGCCUCUGCCACCUACAGUUAAUGCCAGCAUCCAUGUCAACCCCAAGUUUUUAAAACAGUCUGAGGAGCCUCCUCCAUCAAAACCUACCCCCUCAAAACCACCGGCCACUGUUGCUCCUACGCCUGCGCCGCAGCCGCCGCCGGCAAGCUCAUCCAGCCUGACUCAGGAGCAACUUAUCAGACAGCAGCUGCUGGCCAAACAGAAGCAGCUUCUUGAGCUUCAGCAGAAGAAGAUUGAACUGGAACUGGAGCAGACAAAAGCACAGCUGGCGGGGGGUUUUACAUUGCCAGUUACCUCAUUUGCAACACCAACCCCAGUGCCAAAGCCAGUCACUCAGUCCACUCCUGUGGUCAGGCCCUGGCUUGCGCCCCAGCCACCGAUUGACCCCAAGCUGCCCACCAAAGACCCUCGUCUGAACCGCACUGGCCCUUCACCCCCUGCUCAAAGCAAAGUGCAUUCGACUGCAAAAAAGGAAUACCCUUCUGCAGUUGUGGCUCCUGUUGUGACGCAAGAGAAAAGAAUGACCGAGAAACCUGUUCACUUAGAAAAGGUGCGCAUCCUGAAAAAGGAAGAGGAAAAGCCCAAGCCUAUGUCUCCAUCCCCAAAGGCUAAAAACAUCCAGAAUAGGAAUAAACAUACAGAGUUUGAGGGCUUGAAGUGUACAGACCAUACAAAGAAAGAUCUGCGGGGUAAAAAACGUGGACUGGAAAAAGGCAAAGAGGCCAAAGAAGAUGAGCAGAAGGAGAAGAAAAGAUGCAAUGACAAGCGAGAGGACACUGUGCGAGGACCUGAGCCUCUGAGAUACAACAAAGGAAAACUCCAGAACGGUCUAAUAACAAAGCACGGCCGCAGCCAGUCUGAUGAUAAAAUCGGAGGUAACGCUCGGACUCAUGCCAGGAAGCGUACACGCUCUCGCUCAAGAUCCCGCUCUUCCACCACCUCGCCGAAGAGGAAAGACAGGAGGUCGCCCAAAAGCAGGACCAGGAGCAGCUCUCUGUCGCCUUCGCCGUCACACAAUGCAGGGAAAAACAGGAGGAGAGGAGAUGAUCCGCAGCACAGCAAGAGUGGGCGGAAUGACCGACCAGCCUCUAAAAAGAACCAAGCAGAGAGCAGGAGGUCUAAGACUCCUGCGGAGGAGUGUCGCUCCAAGUCAAGAGACUCUCCAAGGAGCCAUGGUGGAGGCAACAAGGAGAGCAAAGAUGUUCCUCAUCGAUGGAAAAGUGGCUGGGAUGAGAACAAACAUCUAAAAGUGUUAGACUCUCAUGUGAAGCCUGGACCUCCGAGACAUAAACUCUACAGCACCCCAACGCGUCCCACUACUCCGCGUACCCCGAAACACCGCCUCAGUGUGGAUGCCAAUCUCCAUAUACCUGAAGUUCUCAACUCUGCAAACAAGAAGGACCUUCUCAGAAGGGCAAGCAAGAGCCUGGAGAGCGGUGAAAUAACAAAAGAAGACUUCCUAAAUAUGGCCCACAAGAUUAAGAACUUCUUCCAGUAUCAAGAGGAGAAGCAGCGCACAGAAAGCUGGGACGUAACUGGUGACUUCACUACCAAUAAACAGCUGCUGCCCGCCCCUCAACAAAACUUGGACCAGGCCCAGUUGACGUAUUACGAGCACAAGUCCAAACUGAAGAAGACGCAGGUCUCGCACCGUCUCGGUGGAGAAAACUGGGACGGUCCGGAAGAGUGCGACGAGAUAAACCAGGCACAACUGGGUCUGCAAGAAGAGAGACGAAGCAUAGAACGGGAAUUAUCCAGACCUCCGCUGGCCCCCAUGGUAGAGGAGUACAACCAUGGCAAACAGUUCCCCCCACUCAAAUCUGUACCAGGCCUUCGCUUCAGGAGGAGGGCUGAGCCCCACGAAUCCAGUGAAAGAGAGUGGAACUCUCCCUUAACGGAACGGCAACGCUUCGAUGACUGCGAGGAACAUAAAAGCAGCUAUGACGCUCCGAGGCGUUACGGCCAUGAAGGCAGACAGGCGGAUCCCAGAAGGCUGGAGGGGCCCCCUCCGUCUGGUGUCACUGUUCACAGAAACUGUCCUAGCCCAGCUGGUAUGGAUCCUCUAAUCCCUAGGUUUGAGCGCCAACGCUUGUCGCCGCUCCACCAGAAGGAUACGGCUGAAAUGAGCCCUAUUCCUCGCUUUGAGAGUCCCAACAGUGAACAUUCUGAUGACGGACCCCUCAAUCCAGAUGUCCUUCCUGCCCCUAAAUCCAUUCUUAAGGGACUGGUCCAUGAAGGACUGCUGUCUAAUAUUCUAAAGCAAAGUGAUUCCCCAGGACACACCCCUCCUCAUGAGGGAAACCACCCACCAUCCCGGUUUGACCUGGGCCCACCCAGGCCGCAUCCUCCAGGAUGGUAUGAAGGUGGCGCCCCAGGACCCUUUGAGGGACCUGGUAGGUUUGAUGGAGGCGGGCCUCCUCAACUCAACAUGCCAGAGAGGUUCGACGGACCACGUGUGUCUCAGAUUCCAAUGAGAAGUGGGGACAACAUGGGACGCUUUGACGGUCCCCCUCACCCUCAGGGCUCUGUUAGGUUUGAUGGUCCUUUAGGCCCACAGGCUCCUCCAAGGUUCGAUAGACCAGGGCCUGGGCACUUUGAGGGUCCACUGCAGGGCUUUGAAGCACCACAGCACUUUGACAGCCUGGGACCUGGUCUUGUACCAAUGGGCUUUCAGCAGCAACGGCAAAUGCGAUUUGAAAACCCCCUAAAUCAGAUGGCAGGCCCUAUUUGUUUUGAGGGCCCUGGUCAUGUACCCCAACCGGUUGGGCCCCCACGCUUUGAUGGGCCCAUUGUUCAGCCGGUACCCCCCACAUUUCCUGCCCAACACAAUAUCCAGCCAGCUAUGCGACCGAUGGCCCCUUCCAUGUUUGACAACACCCUCCCACCCCAGCAGAACUUCAACAUGGCUUCACAACCUUUCCCCGAGCCAAUGAAAUCUCAGUUCCACCCUGUGCCGAUGGCGUUUCCCACACAAUCAAACAUGCAGCCUUCUGCAAACUUCAACAUUCUCGCUCCUCCACCUUUCAGCCAGCCGGGCCCCGCCCCUUUCUUUAACUCAGCAGUGCCUGCCAUCAACAUGCAGCCGCCGGUCAAUGUGAUGAACAUGAACCAGCCCUUCCUGCCUCAGAACGCUACGCCUUUUGGACAGCAAGGUAAGAUUAUUCUGCUGCUUGUAAAUUAACAAAAACAAUGACUCAAGAAAUGACCCCUUUCCACUGCAUCUCUCCCUGUAGAGAACCACUUUGGUCAAGUCGACGUCAACGAUUUGCUUUCCAGGCUCAUUUCCACUGGCAUCAUCAAAGCGUCACAGCCGGAGACUACGGAUCCUGAUGACGAGUUACUCUCUACAGCAAUACCCCCGCCUCCUACAGAGGAGGAGGAAGAGGAGGAGGAGGAGGAUGAUUUCCCAGACCUCACAAACUUCAAGCUUGAAGACAUGAAACAGCGUUAUGAGAGUGUGGUGACCAAAUUGUACUCAGGGAACCAGUGCUGCUUGUGCAGCAUGAGAUUCACCACCACUCAGACAGACCUGUACGCUGACCACCUGGACUGGCACUUCAGGCAAAACCACGCCGGCAAGGUCGCUGGCAAAAAGAUCACACAUCGCCGCUGGUACUACGGCCUCACGGACUGGGUCGAGUUCGAGGAGAUUGCUGACCUGGAGGAGCGAGCCAAGAGUCACUUCUUUGAGAAGGAGAACGAAGAGGAGGUCCAGAAAAACCAGGCGGCAGCUAAAGAGAAGGAGUUCCAGAGUGUGAAGGCUACUAAAGACCAAGUUGGAGAGUUAUGUGAAAUCUGCCAGGAGCCAUUUGAGACGUACUGGGUCGAGGAAGAGGAGGACUGGUUUCUAAAGGACGCUAUCAGGGUUGAUGAGAAGAACUUCCAUCCUGCGUGUUUUGAAGAUUACAAAAAUACAUCGUCCUACUGCGAUGUGACGCCAUCUCCCAACAAGUUGCUGACAGACCACCCGCUAAGCGCCUUCGUAAAGACAGAGGAAGAAGAGUAUUCUUCGUGUGCUAUGGCAGCCGCCGCACCCUCAGUCAAACAAGAAGCCAGUUCUGAAUCUGAGUGUGAACAAGCGGUGAAGAAAGAGGAGGUUCAAACAGAUGUGCAAUCGGACGAGAAGAGCCUGUGAGCAGCUGCCAUGCUGCACAUUUUCUUUGUUUUUGAAGAAAAACUUUCCGUUGGUUGACAAUUUAACUUAAAUACAUUUUGGUAUUUGUGCCGUCAAGCUGCUGCUUGAAAAAAAGAAAUGUUUCCUUUUUGGGUAAAACAUGUAAAUGAUUUAAUUUAUACAUUAAAGUAUUUUUGGAAUCUGGCGUGCUUGACUGCAACAACCGGCUGUACAGUUUGAUAACUAGUUGAUUUACUAAUGAGCAGUUGCAGGUGUUUACUUGUUUGUGGCGUCCAUUAAGGUAAGCAUCAAACAAUCGGUCGAUGGAAGAUUGCCUGCUCAUCAGGAAGCAUCCGUGCCCUUUCUUUGGGUUUCAAUAAACUUUUGGAAACUUG